ACAAAAUUCAAUCAAAAACAACGUUUAUUUUUUUAAAAAGUACACUUUUUAAAAUGAUUUUCUUUUGGAAAUAUCCAAAAAGAGCUUUGAUUUGAAAAUAUUGUGCCAAUUCAUCAUACAAGACGCAGGGUGGCGCUGCAGACUAAGAUUGCGAAUACAGAAAACAAAACCUCCCAUACCCUUUUGUGUUCAAAAUGCUGUAAAAGAUAUGCGAGAAGCUUUGCAAUACUACUGAGUUGCGAACGAAUUCGGGCAGCAAUAUACAAUUUAAGCUCACAAUCAACUUUAUGAGGGUUCCUCCAAAUAGGAAAUCAAGGGUUAAAUAUCUCUAGUCUUUUUGGGGGUUCCUGAAGAUCUUGGAUGUAAGCAACCGGACUCCAACAUGGAGAAGCUACAGCGAAUUCCAUCCAGCAGGCAAGUGAUAGCCUUUAUUUUUAUGAUGUUUUUGUCUCUGAUUCGCCCAGAGUCUCUUCGUUAUUCUAUAAAGGAAGAAACAGAAAAUGGCUCCUUUGUAGCCCAUCUGACCAAGGACCUGAGCCUGGGAACUGGGGAACUGGCAGCCAGGUCUGCUCGGGUUGUGUCUGAUGAUUAUAAGCAACGUUUGCUGGUGGAUCCUCAGACAGGCGAUUUGCUUCUGAGGGAGAAAAUAGACCGGGAAGAGCUGUGUGGCCCUAUUGAAGAGUGUGUACUGCACUUCCAGGUGUUUCUUGAAAUGCCAGUGCAGUUUUUUCAGGGAGAAUUAUGGAUCCAGGACAUAAAUGAUCACUCUCCAGUAUUCACCGAUGGGGAAGUGCUCUUGAAAAUACCGGAAAACAGCCAGGCAGGGACUAUAUUUCCAUUGAAAGUAGCCCAGGAUUUGGAUGUGGGUAGCAAUGGGCUUCAAAAAUACACCAUCAGUCCCAAUUCUCAUUUUCACGUCCUCACACGAAAUCAGAGUGAGGGCAAGAAAUACCCAGAUCUGGUACAAGACAAAGCUCUGGAUAGAGAGGAGCAGCCUGAGUUCAGCUUAACCCUCGUGGCUCUGGAUGGUGGGUCUCCACCUAGGUCUGGCACAGUUACAGUUCGAAUCCUGAUUAUGGACGUCAAUGACAAUGCUCCUGAGUUUGUGCAUACUCCAUAUGAGGUGCAGAUCCUGGAGAACAGCCCCUUAGAUUCCCCAAUCUUCAGCGUCUUAGCUAGGGAUGCAGAUGCUGGAAACUUCGGGAAUGUUUCCUAUGGUUUGUUUCAACCAUCUGAUGACAUUAAACAAACUUUCUCAAUAAAUGAAGUCACAGGAGAAAUCCGACUGAGGAAGAAAUUGGAUUACGAAAAAAUUAAAUCUUACCAUGUGGAAAUUGAGGCUAUAGAUGGUGGAGGCCUUUCUGGGAAAGGCACUGUGUUCAUAGAGGUGGUGGAUGUGAAUGACAAUGCUCCUGAACUUAGCAUAUCAUCACUCACCAGCUCCAUCCCAGAAAAUGCUCCUGAGACCAUAGUCUCUAUAUUCCGUGUUGGAGAUAGAGAUUCCGGAGACAAUGGAAAGAUGAUUUGCUCUAUUCCAGAUAAUAUGCCCUUCAUUCUGAAACCAACAUUCAAGAACUUUUACACCCUGGUAACAGAGGGCCCGCUAGACAGAGAGAGCAGAGCCCAGUACAACAUCACCAUCACAGUCACCGACUUGGGGACACCCAGGCUGAAAAGCGAGCAUAGCAUAACCGUCCUGGUCUCCGACGUCAACGACAACGCCCCUGCCUUCUCGCAGACGUCCUACACGCUGUCGGUGCGCGAGAACAACAGCCCCGCCCUGCACAUAGGCAGCGUCAGCGCCACAGACAGAGACUCAGGCAGCAACGCCCAGCUGACCUACUCGCUGCUGCCGCCCCAGGACCCGCACCUGCCCCUCGCCUCGCUGGUCUCCAUCAACGCGGACAACGGGCAGCUGUUCGCGCUGAGGGCGCUGGACUUCGAGGCCCUGCAGGCAUUCGAGUUCCGCGUGGGCGCCACAGACCACGGCUCGCCCGCGCUGAGCAGCCAGGCGCUGGUGCGCGUCGUGGUGCUGGACGACAACGACAACUCGCCCUUCGUGCUCUAUCCGCUGCAGAACGCCUCUGCGCCCUGCACCGAGCUGGUGCCCAGGGCGGCAGAGCCGGGCUACCUGGUCACCAAGGUGGUGGCGGUGGACGGAGACUCGGGCCAGAACGCCUGGCUGUCGUUCCAGCUGCUCAAGGCCACGGAGCCCGGGCUGUUUGGCGUGUGGGCGCACAAUGGCGAGGUGCGCACCGCCAGGCUGCUGAGCGAGCGCGACGCGGCCAGGCACAGGCUGGUGGUGCUGGUCAAGGACAAUGGCGAGCCGCCGCUGUCUGCCAGCGUCACGCUGCACGUGCUGCUGGUGGAUGGCGUCUCGCAGCCUUACCUGCCGCUGCCGGAAGUGGCGCCCGAGCGCGCGCAGGCCGACUCGCUGACAGUCUACUUGGUCAUCGCCCUGGCCUCGGUGUCGUCGCUCUUCCUCUUUUCGGUGCUGGUGUUCGUGGCGGUGAGGCUGUGCAGGAGGAGCAGGGCGGCGCCGCUGGGUGUGUGCUCUGUGCCUGAGGGCCACUUUCCUGGCCACCUGGUGGAUGUCAGUGGCACUGGGACCCUGUCCCACAGCUACCAGUAUGAGGUGUGUCUGGCAGGAGACUCUGGGUCUGGUGAGUUCAAGUUCCUGAAACCGAUAUUCCCCAAUCUCUUGCUUGAGGAUACUGGGAACUAAGGAAAACCCCAAAUGCUCUUAUAGCUUCGUAUUCAAUUAAUCGUAUUCAAUUCUGUUAAAUUCCCAUUAACCUGGGCAACUACCCAUUGCAAUGCCUUUCUUUUUAGCGUUGUUCAAAUAUUUAUAGCACUUUAACAAACAAAUUCAUGUCCCUGAUAGUACUUCAUUUGUGUUUUGUAACUGGUAUUUAAUGUAAUUAGCAUUUAAAUUACACUAUUAUUGACUAUGUCUUUUCUCCCUACUUGACCUUCUCUUAGAAUAAUAUUUCCCUAAGUAGAAAUUACUCAAGUAGUACUUAAACAAAUUUUAUGUUUAACAACUUCUUAAAUUAAUGUUAAAGCUUUAAUGAAACCUUGAAUUGCUAUUACUGGUGGUGCCUGUCUUUACCUUUUAACUUCAACUUUCAACUCCAGAGUGUUUGAAAUUCUAUUUUAUUUCAUUGGUACCUGGGGUGGACCCUCGAAUUUGUUGCAUGCUAAAUCAAAUAUGCAUUCCAUUGAGCUUCACUCCCACUGAAAUUCUUUAUUUUUACCUUGGCCUUUCUGGGUGAGUAUACUACCCUCUUAAGUUGUCUGAAGAAAUGUAAGCAUAAAACUUAGCAUACUUGUUUCUCCCAAAUUGUAUAUAAACAUUUAGUUUGUUAAGAUGUUAAUAUACUAAAACUGUGACCCAUUUCCUGUUAUGAGCACCACCUGUUAGAGAUUAUCUUCAAUAUUUGGUUAUUGUAUAUCUAGUGCGUUAUAUGUUUCGUAAAUAUUAGUAUUAAACUAAAAAUAUUUCUCAUCUACAAAUAGCAAAAAGAAAAUCUAAUACAAUGUCUUAAUCAUUUCACUAAAUGAAACUCUUCAGGGGCUGAGGGUGUGACUCAAUAGUAGAGCAUGCAUGCAUACAUGGAAGACCUGGUUUCGAUUCCUAGCCCCAAAGCAAAUAAUAAAAAUUUUAAAGAAAUACCGUUAAAUGGCUUCUUGCUAUAAUCCUGUAAAAAAUAAUCUUAGAAUUUGAAAUAAAUUUGAAAAUUAUUCAAAGAAUUUUGAACUCCUGAGGGCAUCAAAUAUGUUCUUGCCCUUCCUUUUGGCCUAUGAAUACAAGUGUAAGCAAAGGAUUCUUUUGUCUGUCAAAAGAGCUACAUCCCCAACCCUAAUUGUAGUUUAAUGUACUUUUCUGCAACUUCUCCCCCCUCUUCCAAAAGUGUUAGGAAAUUUCUUGUGAAUUUUAGGAAUUUUACUUGAUUCUGAUUAUUAUUUGAUCUCAGAUUUUUCACUUUACAUUACUUUGUGGAUAUGGAAGAUCACCAAAUAAUGCAUUCUUUUCAAUGUUUGAUUAUAUUGUUUUGUUCCUUAAUGUAACCUUUAGUUAUUUUAACUUAGUUUAAUUUGUAAUCCUAUAGAAGUUGCAUUAUAAUAUUCAUAUAAUUUUAAUUUACACAUUCAAUAUGUAUAAAUAUUAACAUUAAGUUAUUUCCAAUUUAAAAUGAAUAUUUACGGAACACUUGUCAUUCACUAGGCAUGCAGUUACCAAAUAAUUAAUGUAAUCUCUAACAUCAUAUAUCAAAAUAAGUAAUAUUUUGUCUGUGAAUACAUUGGAACAGCAAUUAAUUUACCUGAAUUUUAAUUGUUUUAUGUUGUGUUCCAUAAGCCAAGUAGGUGGAUAAUGUGAUUUCUAACUAGUAAAUUCACAUGAAUAAAAUUAUAGGAAGAAAUUGUUGAACUUUUUGCAGAUUAUGAACAAUUGAAAAGAUUGCUUUAUAAUCUAACACAUUUAUUUUUAAAUCUCAAGUAUCAUCCUACUGCGGUUGAAAGUACAUACA